AUGGAUACAAACGCAAGGGUAUUUAGUGCGCCUGGGAAGGCAUUACUGGUAGGUGGGUAUCUAGUACUAGAUCCCAGAUAUAAAUCCUAUGUGGUGGCAUUGUCAGCUAGAAUGCAUGCCAUGGUUUCAACAGCUCGACCAAUGGACCAAAAUAAGACAAGUAUCACUGUUUGCAGUCCACAAUUCAAUAACGAGAAAUGGACAUAUAAUUUGCUACAAGGUCAAUUGUCUGUGGAUGGAACUAAUAAAUCGAAAAAUCUAUUUAUUGAAUGCGGUAUAAGAAAUGCAUUGGAUUAUUUUGAUAUCCAAAACUCAAUGGGAUUCGAUAUCAAUAUUGAUAUCUUUUCUGAUCCGGCAUAUCACUCUUCUCAGGGGAGUAUUAUGAAACAAAACGGUAUGAAGAGAUUCAAUUUUUUCAAUUCUUCCAUAUCAGAGGUGCCUAAGACUGGUUUAGGAUCGUCAGCAGGAUUAGUUACUGUAUUAACCACCGCAUUAUUUUCUGUUUUUGACCCAAAUUUAGAUCUCACAAUUGAUAUUACAUUAAGGAAAAUUCAUAAUUUAUCUCAAGUAAGUCAUUGUCAAGCACAGGGGAAAAUUGGCAGUGGGUUUGACGUGGCUGCUGCCACGUUUGGAUCCAUUGCUUACCAAAGGUUUGAACCAAAUUUAAUAUCUGAUUUACCUGAACGAAAUUUAUCAGCGAAGGACUAUAACGUAUCCUUACAACAUUUAAUAAACGAUACAGAUUGGAAAUUUACUGUAGAACCCGUUAAAUUACCUGACCAACUACGUUUGUUUCUUGGAGAUGUGAAUAGUGGUUCUGAAACUGUCAAGUUGGUUACUAAAGUUAAAAAUUGGUAUAAUUUGAAUUUACCAAAAAGUCAAGAAAUAUACAAGGAAAUAAAUGCAGGAAAUAUGGCUUUUAUUGCGUCUUUAAAUGAAAUGAAUCAAUUAAGUCUUACAAAUCCUGAAAAAUAUAAAGUAUUAAUCAAUAAUCUAAAUAAAUCCAACAAAUAUGAAGACCCGAUUGUAUUACAAAUGAGAGAGUCGAUUGCUAAGAUCCGUGAUAAUUUUAGGUUGAUUACUAGGGAAUCAGGCGCUGAAAUUGAACCACCAGUCCAAACUGAAUUAUUAGAUACAUGCAUGAACCUAAAUGGGGUAUUGGUGGCAUGUAUUCCUGGUGCAGGUGGGUACGAUGCAAUUGCCUUGCUGACGACAGAAAUGACCAAUUUAGAUUCACAAACGAAAGGGAAAGAAGAGUUCUCCAACGUUACAUGGCUGGAUCUUCAACAGGUUGAUAUUGGUCUGAAAGAAGAAGAAGUAGUAGCUUAUCUGAAUUUACAAUAG